AUGACGAAGACCGUGCUGUGCAUGAAUCCGGGCCCGAUUGAGUUUGAGCCGCGCGUGCUCCAAUCUUUUGCCAUGGAAGGCAUUUCUCACGUGGACAAGACCGUGAUCGAAGUCUUUGGCCAGUGCCUCGAGAAGAUGCGCAAGGUUUUCUUGGCGCCGGAUGGGCAGCCGCUCAUUGUGGCUGGAUCGGGGACACUUGGAUGGGACAUGGUUGGUGCGAACCUCGUGAACAAAGGCGAUGACGUACUUAUUGUCAACAAUGGAUACUUUGGCGACAAUUUUGGCCAGUGCUUGGAGUGCUACGGUGCUUCGACCACGCAUGUUCGUGGCGAGAUUGGCUCACAGGCAUCAAUUAUGGAGCUCGAAGCAGUUCUGCAGCGUGGCGUCAACUUCAAAGUCGUGACCAUUACGCAUGUCGAUACCUCAACAGGUGUUUGUGCUCAUGUGGAGGAAAUCGCAGCUGCAAUCCGUCGUAUCCAGCCAAAUGCUGUCAUUGUACUCGAUGGGGUAUGCGCUACCGGGGGAGAAGUUACUCGCAUGAAACAGUGGGAUAUCGAUGUGGUGCUUACGGGUUCCCAGAAAUGCAUUGGCGUACCCGCCGGACUGAGUCUAAUGGUCAUUCGUCCCCGUGCGCUGCAGCUAUUCGAGACCAACACGUCGAGAGUUAAGUAUUACGUGGACUGGCGCAAUUGGCUGCCGAUCAUGAAGAACUACGAGGCGCGGCAGCCCAGUUACUUUGCGACACCGUCUGUGAACCACUUGUUCGCUCUGAAUGAGGCAUUGAAUAUUUUGCUGGAGAACGGCGGCAUGGAACAGCGCUUUAGAGAGCACAAACUUAUUGGUGACGCCGUGAAGGAGGCCAUGACGACGUUGGGCUGCUCGCUCGUGACAGUGGACGGCUGCGGUGCAAACACGCUGACUUGUGUCCGCUAUCCCAUAGGUGUUGGUGCAGCUGACUUUUUGCCAAAGGCUGUCAAGCGUGGCGUUUCGCUCGCGGGUGGUUUGCUCAAGGCUAUUAAGACGGAAUACUUUCGUAUUGGCCACAUGGGUCCAAGCACGCGUCGACUGGACCAUAUUCUGAAGACAGUCGACGCUAUCGAGGGUGCGCUUAUCGAGUGUGGCCACAAGGUGGCGCAACCAGGAAAAGCGGGCAACGAUCUGAAGAAGAAGCUGAAGCCAUUCAUUCCGCUGCGUCCAGUACGUGAUCAGUCGUCAGUUUUCCGCGGUUGCCCUGUGCCUCCGAUGUGCCAGGUGUACUCGAUUGGCGCGGUGGUCGUUGCGUUCGCAGCUGGGCUCUUGAUCUCGCAGGUCCAGCGAGCCCAUUAG